CUUUCAGCACGUGCUGGUCACUUUGGUCAUGUUCGUUUGCUUCGUCAUGUACGCCUUGUUAUUGUGGUCGGGGCUAGGGCAUUGGUACAACGUAAUCUUCACCGCCAUCACCUUCCUCUACUCCAUGGUCAUGAUCCACCUCUGGCUUAUCAAACGGCGAGACCAGAAGAAGACAUGUGAGACCGAAGCAUGCGAAUUGACAACUGUUAUUAGCACACCCGGAGCGCGAGAGUUGAUGCUGCUGGCAACCGGGAUCAUGUUAAUCUCCUUGGGGGUAGCAAUCUUCGUAUUUCGCCCAGAUUCCUAUGACUUGGCCUUCGUUGCUCUCACGGUGUUUUUAUCAACGGCGGUCACGUUUAGUUUCCUCAAAGAUGCGGAAGUUCAAAGGAAGCCUUCAGGAGAACUUAACGCUGCCGCAGAUCUAGUCUAGUUCCAGGCAUUGGCAUCUAAAAUGCAACUGCCAAGUUUGUUUUAUUUACUGAAUAAAUUUGACAUAUAAACCCUAUAGAACAAGAAGAUUUGUUUUCAUGUUA